AAGAUGAACAUAGACAAAUAAAAUGGACUCAAGCCAAGUACAUCAAACAAAUGCAGGUACAAAAAUAUGUAUUUUGGCCAUGUCCAGGCCCCAGGAUGUAUUUAUGAGCCGAGCAAGCAGUUGGUGAAGGUGAGAUGACAUAAAUAAUGCCAAAAGCCCUCCAACUACAUCAACCAGGACGAAUGGUGCACCACUCAAUCAUGUAUUUGUGUAAAACCAUGACUAUGGAUCUCCACCAUCUAUGCCCUCUACAAGAGGAAAACUCUCAUAACUCACCGCCACAAAGUCACCCAACUCAAGACACAACCUAAACUAUAAGAAGAGCUGCUGUCUUCUUGCUUCUCCAUCACCAACACCAGUAUCUCUUUCUUUCUCAAAGAGUUCUCUACCAAUGGCCCACAGCUUGCAAGCCUCUCUCAUUGCCCUCCUUGUCAUCUUCAAUGUCCUCCUCGGGCAAGCCAUUGCAGCACGUGAAGUUCCAAAUGACUCCAAGAAGGUUGACAAGAAGCAGCCUGAGUGGUUCAUUGAACCUGAUGGUAGUCUGCUUAUUCCAGGCCUUGGGAGGGUGAUGGUGCCAGGGUAUGGAUCUUACACUCCCUAUGAUGGCAGCAUCCCUAGCGGUUCGAGUGGGAGCGACGGUUCCACUGGUGGAACCGGCAGUUACAUUCCAGGUGGUGAUGAUACAUUUGUCCCAAACCCUGGUGUUGAGAUCCCCAACCCUGCUGGUGGAGGUGGUGUUCCUACAGCAUCUCGUCCUUGAAUUUGUUUAGCAUUUCUGGUUUGGUUUCAAGGUGUUAAGUGUAGUGCCUAGACGUAUGUGUUUCUAGUCUUUGAAUUGUCUUUCUUUGCUGUUUCCUGAAGAUGUUUGUAGAAUAAUUAUUCUUAUGAAUAAGAGAUGGGUUUGUUUCAA